GGGGAAGGGCUGGGGCCGAGCAGGAAAGUGACUCUGCACCAACGGCCCCUUCUCGCCCCAGCUCUGCUCCCGGGGGGGCGGGGGUCUGCGAGUCCCAGAGCUGCUGCCUUCCCUGACCCCCCAGGCUCGGCUCUGCCCCCCUGAGCGCCUGCAGGAGCCGAGCCAGCUCCGGGAGAGCGAACACCCCGGUCCGGGCCGGGCCAUGGACUGAGUCUCCCAGCCCGAGGGGAGGGGGCAGACGGGGGAGAGACUGGCAGGGCCAGCAGGAGCUAUCGGGUGACGGACGUCAGAGGCACCAGCCCUUCGGGUUCCCGGCUGGAAAGGACCUCAAGGAGGAGAAAGUUCUUAACACUGUGACAGCAAUAACCUCUCCUGUAGCAGAGCAGCUGGAGGUAGACGUCAAGCCCCCUGCAGGAAGGGCAAAGCAGAGGCAGACCCCCAUUGGGCUAAGAAGCUGUCAGAGAGCUGUACUGCAAAGGGUCUGAUAUUGCUCCCGAAAAAUACCCUAGCAGGCCCGACACUACUCCAGCACUGAGGAUUUUAGAUUCUCAAAACCCAGCGUGGUCUCUAGAUGGAACAAGGGGAACAGCUGUGGGUCCCAAAUCUCCAGGGUGCUGAGGAAAGGGAGAGUCCAGGACGCUCAUGGGCAGAGUUUCAGUUUCCUAAACCUCAAAGGAUUCCUUGGAUGGAGCAAGAGGAAAAGCCAUGUGUCCUGGAUCUCCAGGUCUCCUCGGAAGAGGAGAUCCCAAGUGAUGCUAGCACAGCAGGUGACGGGAUGGUGAGUGAGAAUGAGGAGGAGAACCUUCAGCAGGAAGGUCCUGAGCCAGUGGAACUGCACAGGUUGGUAGCAGGAGGAUGUGAAGGGAACGUUUCCCAAAGCCUUGACGAGGGAGAGGCCUGUAAGAGUGAGGACAGGUCAGAAGAGCAGCAAGUCGAGAAACUAGCUGUGCCCAGUCCCUGGGAGGGCAGCUACCAGGAGCUUGGAGAUGCCCAGCAGGCCCUGCAGGUGGGCGGGAAGCAGAACAUCUGUGCUGAAUGUGGGAAGCACUUCUCCCGGCGCUCGCACCUCAUCAUCCACCAGCGCAUCCACACAGGUGAGAAGCCCUACCAGUGCUCCGAGUGCGGGCGCCGCUUCAGCCAGAGCUCCACGCUGAUCAGCCACCAGCGCACCCACACGGGCGAGAAGCCCUACACCUGCCCCGACUGUGGGAGGAGCUUCAGCCAGAGCUCCACACUGCUGACCCACCACCGGCUGCACACCGGGGAGACACCCUACAAGUGCCUGGACUGCGGGAGGAGCUUCAGCCAGAACUCCACCUUCAUCAUCCACCAGCGCACCCACACCGGCGAGAAGCCCUACACCUGCCCUGACUGCGGCAAGAGCUUCAGCGUCAGCUCCUACCUCAUCACACACAACCGCAUCCACCGUGGCGAGCGCCCCUACAAGUGCCCUGCCUGUGGGAAGGGCUUCAUCGACAGCUCCACCUUCGUGCGGCACCAGCGCACCCACACGGCAGAGAAGCCCUACCGCUGUGCCGACUGCGGCAAGAGCUUCAGCCUCAGCUCCUACCUUGUGAAGCACCGCACCCUGCACACGGGUGAGCGGCCCUACAAGUGCACUGAGUGUGGGAAGCGCUUCAGCGAGAGCUCAGACCUGCUGCGGCACCAUCGAACCCACACGGGCGACAGGCCCUUCCAGUGUGUCCAGUGUGGGAAGAGCUUCGGGGAGAGCUCCACGCUCACCCGUCACCAGAGGACUCACCUGGGCAAGAAUGCACAUCAGAGGAUCCACACAGGAGAUAAGCCCUAUAAAUGCACUGAGUGUGGGAAAAGCUUCAGCCAAAGCUCACACCUGGUGAAACAUCAGCGGCUGCACGUGGGAGAGAAGCCCUACAAGUGUACAAAAUGUGGAAAAAGCUUCAGCUGGAGCUCAGACCUUAUUGUUCACCAGAGAAUCCACACAGGAGAGAGACCCUAUAAAUGCCUUGACUGUGGGAAGAGCUUCAAUCGGAGCUCGAACCUUAACACGCAUCAGAGAGCCCACAUGGGAGAGGGCCCCUACAAUUGCACUGAGUGUGGGAAAAGCUUCAGUUACUGCUCCUCCUUCAUUAGACACCAGAGAACCCACACAGGAGAGAAACCCUACAAAUGCACCGAGUGUGGUAAAACCUUCUUCGAGAGCUCGGCCCUUAUCAGGCACCAGAGGAGCCACACUGGAGAGAUGCCCUACAAAUGCACCGAGUGUGGGAAAAGCUUCUUUGAGAGCUCAUCCCUUAUCAAGCACCAGAGGAUCCACACCGGAGAGAAGCCCUACAAAUGCCCUGACUGCGGGAAGAGCUUCAAGCAGAGCUCAUCCCUCAUCAAUCAUCUGAGGACCCACACCGGAGAGAAACCCUACAAAUGCACCGACUGUGGGAAAAGCUUCACUGUGAGCUCUGCUCUGAUUAGACAUCAGAGGAUCCACCUGUGAUAGACACCAACUGCCAAUUUCCCUUCUGGGGCUUAGCCGCUGCUUACGUGAGGCCUGAAGAUAGGUCUGGGAACCAGAUCAGGCAGCUGUGGAUCCUUUGAGGUGCUGGGUGUUGGAAAGGGCCCUCAGAAAGCCUGGGUGUUUGGUCUCUUGUUAUUCAUUCAGUGACCUUGUCCCAGUCUGUCACUGAACGGAGCUGCCUGGAGAAGGACUAUGCUGUUUGGGAUGAUUCAGGCAGAGGCUAGAUCUCACCAGGUGUCAGUAUGGCAUCGGGCGUGAUGGGGCUCCAAUCUCAGAUGGGCUGUCUCGGUAAUGCACAUAUUAACAAUUAGAAAAAACUGGCCCUUAUUUUCCUCUUUCCCUGGUGGUCUCCUCAUCUUCCUCUCUCUCUCUUUCCCCUCUGUCCAGUCACUGGAUUGAAGAGGACCCAGGAGAGUCCCUGAGAGAAUGUACAAAGGUAAAGGAAAAAGCUGUGAAUCUGAGCUGUCCAGUCAAUGAAACACCCCCAGAGCCAGGGAGAUCUGGGCAUGAAUGUGUUGUGUCCCAGCAGGUCUCCAGGAGGUGCCAGCUGGUUGGGGGCCUGCGAAGCUACAGGAGCAGAGGUGGCCAGCUGACAGAGGCAAAGCCAAGCCAGACAUCAGGCUGAUCUCCUGUGUGCUGGCAUGUAUUUGAAGGGACACUUCUCAUGUAUCCGUGGAGACCCAAGGGGCAAGUAAUGCUCAGGAUCUGAUUGGAUGGCCCAGUGAAGGAUUCCUCUGUUUCUGUCUGUAACUAACUCAAAGGGCCCCGUGUCUAAACGCAGCUAGGAAUCACAUUUGGUCUUAGCCCCACAGUAACGUCCCUAACCCAGGCGACCCAGCGACAACACAGACACAGGUUGUAGUGAAGAUGGAACCUUAUCCAAUCUUCCCUAAAUGGGUUAAAAGCUCAGGCUUCAGACUGUGUACAAGGACAUAACUAGACACCUUAUGACCAUGUUAAAGUCAGGUGAGGGGAAUCUGCUGUAACUGGGACCUGAGUGAUAAAUGAUGUGUAGAUGGGGCCUGGUGUCUACAACACGGUUUUUCCUUGCAGGUGGGGGGCAUCAAAACCCUGUUAACAAGCCCAACUUGAAGCCUGGAACAUGCCUAAGCUAGAGUAUGGGCCUCUAACUUGUUUAUUUGCCUGUCCACAUGGGCAAGAAGAAACACUGUAAUUACACAAUCUGGCCACAAACUUAUUCAAACAUGCUGGGCCAGAACCUCAGUGGGUGUAAAUCAGUGUAGCUUUGACACCAAUGGAGCGUUGUUGAUUUACACUAGCUGAGGAUGUGACCAGGUGAUUUCUGUAGGAGCUCUGUAUUGGGGCUGUCUGCACUCUUUCCAUUUUCUGCCUGCCCUAGUAAAGAAGCUUUGGUUACUGUA